GCUCGGCCCACGAGAGCAUUUAAUGGCGCCGCAGCCACGCCCACCAUCUCUGCUUUAUAUAAAGUCCGUGUGGUUUCUCCUCCAACAACCGCAGUCGUUCACUGGAUCAAGCGGAAAGAAUGGGGACAUCCGGGGGACGCCCUCGACCUUCUCGUUACCAAUCCCUUCGGUCGUCCUGCUGCUGCCUCCUGCUCCUCCUCCUCUCAUCCGGUGGCUGCCUGCGUGCCUCCGCCGCGGGGCCGAUAAAGACGGUGGUGGUCAUGGUGAUGGAGAACCGGUCGUUCGACCACAUGCUGGGGUGGAUGAAGCGGCUCAACCCCGCGAUCAACGGGGUCGAUGGGUCGGAGUGGAACCCGGUGUCGGCGUCGGACGCGGCGUCCGACCGGGUUUACUUCCGCGACGGCGCCCAUUUCGUGGACCCGGACCCGGGCCACUCCUUCCAGGCGAUCCGGGAGCAGAUCUUCGGCUCCAACGACACGUCGGCGGACCCGGCGCCGAUGAACGGGUUCGUGCAGCAGGCGCGCUCCAUGUCGGACAACAUGACGGAGAGCGUCAUGAACGGGUUCCCCCCGGAGAUGGUGGCAGUGUACCGGGCGCUGGUGGGGGAGUUCGCCGUGUUCGACCGCUGGUUCGCGUCGGUGCCGUCGUCGACGCAGCCCAACCGCCUCUUCGUGCACUCCGGCACGUCCCACGGCGCCACCAGCAAUGUCGCCAGCAAGCUGGCAAUCGGGUAUCCACAGAGAACAAUAUUUGAAAAUAUUGAUGAUGCAGAUCUCUCUUUUGGAAUAUACUACCAAAAUGUGCCUGCCACUCUUUUCUAUCGCAAUCUUCGGAAGCUCAAAUAUAUCUCUAAAUUCCACUCGUAUGAACAAAAAUUCAAGAAACAUGCAGGCGACGGUUCUCUUCCCAACUAUGUUGUCAUUGAGCAGCGAUAUAUGGACAAGAAGGAUAAACCUGCAACUGAUGAUCACCCAUCCCAUGAUGUCUACCAAGGGCAGUUGUUUGUCAAGGAGGUCUAUGAAACCAUUCGCUCCAGCCCUCAGUGGAAUGAAACCCUGUUCAUCAUCACCUAUGAUGAGCAUGGUGGCUUCUUUGAUCAUGUUCCAACACCAGUAAAGGGUGUCCCAAGCCCUGAUGGGAUAGUCGGCCCAGAACCCUUCUUCUUCACAUUUGACCGCUUGGGUGUAAGGGUCCCAACGAUCAUGGUCUCUCCUUGGAUUGAAAAGGGUACUGUCGUACAUGGUCCCAAUGGUAUACCAACUCCAACUUCAGAGUAUGAACAUUCAUCCAUACCAGCGACAGUGAAGAAAAUUUUUGAUCUCCCUUCAUACCUCACUAAGAGGGACGAAUGGGCUGGAACUUUUGAAGGCAUUGUGUUAAGUAGGACAGAACCUAGAACUGAUUGCCCAGUUGAACUCCCGAGUCCUGUGAGAAUAAGACAAACUGAAGCUAACGAGGAGGCCCCAUUGAGUGAGUUCCAGCAGGAGUUGAUGCAGCUUGCAUCGGUGCUGAAUGGCGAUCACCUCCUGACCAGUUUCCAGGAGAAAGUUCUGAAGCGCAUGAACGUCAAAGAAGGCAUAGCCUAUGCGGAGAGUGCGGUGAAGCGCUUCUUUGAAGCUGGAUUGACUGCAAAGAAGAUGGGAGUCGACGACGAACAAAUCGUGCAAAUGAGACCGUCAUUGACGUCUAGGUCCUCGUCAUCUUCUGUUCAUCAUCGUCAUCCUUGAAGCUACUGUUUAGUAUUCAGACCUGUUUGUUUGGAUACCAAGCAUCAUCAGGGGUACUAGAUUUAUAGAAAGGGUUCUACACGAAUGUCUUCUGUCCAAUCAUUUCAUGUGUGAUUGUCUCUUAAAUCAAAGUAGCCACCCAUCCGAGUGGAAGUGUUCUCAAUGUCUGGUGCUUGGCAAUUCCCACAGUUCAUCAAAUUGUUCUCCUGUAUAUGAUUAAAAGCAUGUAUUUGGUAUUUUGCUCCAACGAAGUUUGGAUGUCGCUUUGAAAGCAA